AAACAAUUGUGCUUAGAGUGAAUCUGUUAUGUGAGCACAUAGCGGCAACUCUCCCCGCCCCCCUCUUUUGAUAAGAGAAAUGGUAACAACAUUGAUUAAACUGUUGUGUCCAAGGCUUAUCAGGGUGAAAAAUGACAUGUGAUUUUUUCACACACAUUAAUCUGCAUGUUUACAAGCCAAUAACCAUAAUUCACUAAAUGAGGGGUACUGUCCAAACGGCUGGUGGUUUGGGCACAAGUGGAGAUUGAUUGAAGUGACCUGUGUGAAUCCUAUUAAUGCAUCCUGGAUUCUGGCCAAGGCAGAAGCAGUGGAGGGGAACACCACUGUCUAGCAGCACUGCCUGAUCUGUCACUUCACUGGACAAACUGAGGACACUUUUGCACCCCUCCCCCCGCCCCCACACACAACUACAUUCCUCCUUCUCCUCCUCCUUUCCCUUGUCAGGCAAGAAUGGUACCCCCACCUCCCACCAACAAGCCGCAUGUGUGCCUGUCCACCAUCCUGAUCAUGAGCAGCAUGGCACUGAUUGAUGCCUACCUGGUGGAGCAGAACCACGGGCCACGCAAGAUUGGCAUCUGCAUCAUGGUGAUGGUGGGAGACAUCUGCUUCCUGAUCGUCUUGCGUUACGUAGCCGUGUGGGUGGGUGCCGAGGUGCGGACAGCAAAGCGAGGCUAUGCCAUGAUCCUCUGGUUCCUAUACAUCUUUGUGCUGGAGAUCAAGGUCUACUUUGUGUAUCAAAACUACAAGGCAGACAGGAAGAGCUUGGAUGCUCUUGCGAGGAAGGCUCUAACGCUGCUGUUGUCGAUCUGCAUUCCAGUGCUCUUUAUUGUGCUGGUCGCUAUCGAUCAUAUGGAGUACGUACGCGCCUUCAAGAAGCGCGAGGAGAUACGUAACCGUCUCUUCUGGGUGGUGGUAGACUUGCUGGACAUACUGGACAUCCAGGCUAACCUUUGGGAGCCUCAGAAAAAGGGACUCCCUCUGUGGGCGGAAGGCCUGAUGUUCUUCUACUGCUACAUUCUUCUGCUUGUGCUGCCCUGUGUGUCCUUGAGUGAGAUCAGCAUGCAGGGCAUCAACAUUGUUCCCCACAAGAUGCUCCUGUACCCCAUCCUCAGCCUGGUGACCAUCAACAUCAUCACACUGUUCAUCCGUGGCGGGAACAUGAUUCUGUACAGGGACGCGAGAGUCUCUGGGAUCCUCAUAGGAAAGAACAUCCUGGCCAUCAUCCUAAAGACCUGCAGCUUUGUGCAGUACAGGAGACAGUUGCAGAACGCUCCUCCCGCCUUUGGGGUCGAGCUGCAGAAAAACUCAGUGGCCCAUGCGCGCCCUUCCCCCACCCCACCUCAAGUGGUCAUCCAGGACCAGACGGCCCUUCCUGAGGUGACAACAUGUGAACACACAUGACAGAAUGGUGAGCUGGACCAUAGAAAUGUCGAUGUGAAUAUAUACAUAAGCCGCAGGACGCUGGCAGAGCACAUCGCUCCACACCUUUAGGGCAUGUGAAUGCUCAUGUGGGCACACAAGAGAUCACUAUCUCUUCUGCUCAGUGGCACACGGAACACUGCAGACACUUAGGGAAAGCUGUAGCAGUGAUGUAUUCAAAGCUGUCAUGGUGCAAAAAUACAGUAUCCAUUGUGAGUUUGUCAAAGCAUUUCUCCCCCAGUGAAUUGAGCUAAUUGUGUAUUUUUCUAACUGUACAGAAGAAAAAAAAAAAAAGAAAACUACUGUAAAGAUUACAGGAUAUAUUUUUGAAUUGUGUGAUGUUCUCAUCUUAAACUUAAGGGUCCGUGUGCUGUGGUGUAUUUUUCUGUUGCUCGAAUGUUCUUAGUAGUAGAGGGCUUUAAUGUGACAAAAUCCGAGGGUGCAACUAACGAGAGAAUCAAAGUAAUGAAAAUGAAAACAACUGUUAAAGCUUUCUCUUGAAAGAUGAGUGUUUUAUACUGUAUGUGAUUCUUUGAUAACGUAUUGUGUACAAGAUAAAGGCUUUAUUGCUCUUUCA